AUGGAGCUGCGUGUUCACGUCAGUGGAGAGGAUGGAAGUCCUGUGUGUGCGGCGCUCAACCUGACGGAGGAGAAGCUGGUGUGUCCUCUGGGGUUCUUCCCGUGUGGAAACCUGACCUUGUGUCUGCCCCAAGUCCUGCACUGCAACGGGAUGGACGACUGCGGGAACCAUGCGGACGAGGACAACUGUGCCACAGAGCGAUGGGAGCAUUCUGAAGAAGCACGGCGCUGA